CCCUCUCGCUCAGCCAGAUUCAGAUGCUCUGCUCAUUCUCAAGUAUCUGACUGGAUCGAGGAGAGACGACUGUGUGGACCUAGACAUCACAUUGGACUUCAGGACCACAGGAGGGGGACAGUCCGCUAGACUGAGACACUGAGAGGACAGAAGAGUACGGUCACUACACAGACUGGGUGACCAGAAGAGGACUGAAGGACAGAAACCUCCACGGCCCCACCUCUAGCUCCAGCUGUCCCCAGCCAGAGGCCACUCCCGCUGGGUCAGAAUGCUGAUGAGCUCCCCUCUCCUCCUGGUGCUCCUGGGCAUCCUGCUGCUGGAGCCAUGCCAGCUGAAGAGGGCAGCGCGGGGGGGUAGGGGGCACUGGGGCACCAGGCUUAGACCAGACAGCAGGGCCCCAAGGGCCGGCCGGCAUGGCAGGGCAGGUGCUCAUAGGCGUGCUGGAGCCUCGGACUGCUCCGAGUUCACCGAGUCACAGGAGAACUUCCUGGACUGCCAGGAGAGACACCUGGGCUCCAUCCACACCCCCUUCUCCUGGGCGGGCCGCCAACCAGACCACCUGCUGCUGGCCCGGAACCGCAUCAAGGUCCUGCGAGACGGAGCGUUCUCUGAGUUCUCUGGCCUGAAGAGCCUGGACCUGCAGCAGAAUCAGCUGGUGCUGGUGGAGGAAGGGGCGUUCGCGGGCCUGACCCGUCUCACCACCCUGCUGCUUCAGCACAACCGUCUGAGCACCCUUGGAGAGGAGGCACUCAUCCCAAUGCCCGCCCUGCGACACCUGCGUCUCCAUGACAACCCCUGGAGCUGCCGCUGCCCGCUGGAAAGCCUUGUGCGCACUCUGCAGGUGCCUAGCAACCGUUACUUGGGAAACCAUGCCAGGUGUGAGGAGCCGGCCUGGCUGAAAGGCAGGAAGUUGCGCCAGGUGGACCCAGAGCUGCUGUGUGUGGAGAGUGACCCCACCCCAGAGACCCUCGUAGAUCUGCCGGCGCCCAUUCCCCUCCGCACCAGGCUGGACGCCACCUCUGUGUGCCACACCUACCUCUUCCCCAAGCCCAGGCUCGACUGCAAGAGCAGAGGCCUAAUGGAGGUUCCCAUAGAGAUUCCGGAGGAUGCUAUACACAUGGAUCUAUCCGAUAAUGCCAUCCACCACCUCAGGGCCAGAGAAUUCCUGGAGGCCAGAAGCCUGAGGACCCUAAACCUCAGCAGCAAUAACCUGGAGCACAUCCACACAGCCUCUCUGUCUGGCCUGCUGCACUUGAGGGAGCUGGACCUGUCCAACAACAAGCUGCUCUUCUUUCAGUAUGGAGUCCUGGAAGAUCUGUACUUUCUGUCCUUCCUGCGGCUGGGGGGGAACCCAUGGGUGUGCGAUUACAGCAUACACUACAUGGUGUAUUGGCUCCGCCUCCACCCAAGGGUCAGCACCUCAGGCCUGCUCUGCCACUCCCCCCCGGAGCACAGUGGGAAGAGCGUGGGGGAGUAUGUGCACUCCUACAACCGAGCCUGCCCCAAAGACAGGGACCAGAACCAUGACCAGAACCAGGGCCUGGACCAGACAGACCCGGAGCUCUGGAACACAGCCUUGGAGCUUCAGGCUGUGCUGGAGGAGGAGGAGGAGCCUGCACACCUCAGAGCUCCUCAAAAGUACCAGAUCAUCCGGCUGACUUGAGAAGCAGCAGAACCAGACCAGCAGCGUGCCAGAGCUCCUCCUGGCUCCUCCUACAUCAAGGAAACUAAGGCUGCAUCAGAUGCAGGAUCUAACUGUCUUCAACAUCCUUUUAAGCUUCUCAUUAUUCUUUUUUUCUCACCCCUUUUUUCUUCUUCCACGUGAUAUUUAGCUGAUAAAAAUAGGCUACUGGUCAUAUGAUAGUGAUUAUAUAUGAUGUUGUUAUAAUAACGACAAUAUAAACUAUUAUUUAACAUUUGACUGUAGAAUUGAUGUGUAUGUAUGUCUGUCUGUAAACAGACAGCACUCACUGAUGCAUGUGAUGCUGGGCCACUGUAGCGAGUUGCAGGCGCGCAUGUUGAGGUGGAUCACAAAGGGGCGGUGCUUCUGUAGCAGCUGCCCCACAGUGCAGUCUGUGAUCCAGGCUCGCUCCACCGAGAAGUUGAUCUGCCAGAGAUACUGGGACACAUGACCACUACAAGAACAUGCUGAGUUUGUGUGUGUGAUUUCAUGUAUUUGUGCACGUGUACACAGUAUAUGUGUGUGUGUGGGUGUGUUUGUGUGCACAAUACACACCCUGCUCCACAGCGAGCACGUCUGAGCGAUAGUCCUCCAGGUGCAACAUACCUCAGCACACCUCAGUAGAUCCCCCACAUCCAAAUAAUGGAAGAUCUAAACCCGAAUCCAAAACAUUCUAUUAAUCUGACAGGUUAUUAUAACUUCUCCAGGACUUAGCUCUAAGACCUCACCCAUUUUCUCCCUGAGAUUUUCCCACAAUGAUACUUAUACUUAGGUUGAGGUGUGAUGUUUAUACAAAGCAGAAUGUAAACACCCUUCCCACCAAGCUGCCUUGUUGGAGACUAGCUUCUUCCCCAAACAUAGUCAUGGUACAGCGGACUAUGAUACAAGUAGGAGCAAGAAACACUGUAAAUACCCUUGCUAUUUAUAUAGAUAUAUAUAGAUAUAGAUAUAGAUUGUUAUUGAACAACCUAUGGAUGUCUGGACUGUUAGCUGCCAAGGUCUACAUUUAUUUCUUGCUUUUUUAUGUUUUAUUGAAUGUUUUUAAAUCUUGUUUUCUUUUGCAUUAUGUUUUAAUGGUUUUAUGUGAAGCACUUUGAAUUGCCUUGUUGUUGAAAUGUGCUCUACAAAUAAACUUGCCUUGCCUUGCCUUACACUACUAUAAACCACUCCUGUAGGAAUAAAGACAUCAGUGAAGA